CCGGCCGCCUCCUAGCGGCCACCACGCUGCCCGCCCCGCCCCGCGCUCGGGGCUCCGCGAUCCGCUGCCGGCGGAGGGAACUACAUUUCCCAGGGCACUCCGAGCCGCCCUUUAGUGACUUCUUCGCGGGGCGGCUGACGAGACCAAGUGUGCUUCGGGCCCGGAGGGUGAUCCUGAGGAGGGGGAGGAUGCCGCCGGCCACGGGCGGAGGCCUGGUAGGGUCCGAGCUGCGUGCCCGGAGGGGCCGCUGUGGACCCCCGGCGGCUAGGGCUGCGAGCCGGGACAUGGCCGCUGAGGCUGCAGCGCCAAGCCCCAAAGGGUCUACUCUAAGCUCGCAGCGCCUCGAGGCCGCCGGCCGGUGGGCCGUGCUGGCCCUGGUGACGCUGCUGUCCUUCGCCACCCGCUUCCACCGUCUGGAAGAGCCGCGGCACAUCUGUUGGGAUGAAACUCACUUUGGAAAAAUGGGAAGUUACUAUAUCAACCGCACCUUUUUCUUUGAUGUGCACCCACCUCUGGGAAAGAUGCUGAUAGGUCUUGCUGGCUACCUGAGUGGAUAUGAUGGUACCUUUUUGUUCCAGAAGCCUGGGGACAAAUAUGAGCAUCACAGCUACAUGGGAAUGAGAGGAUUCUGUGCGUUUCUCGGUUCCUGGCUGAUCCCCUUUGCCUACCUCACUGUGCUGGAUCUGUCCAAGUCCCUCCCGGCAGCACUACUCACUGCCGCCCUCCUCACCUUUGACACAGGAUGCCUCACUCUGUCCCAGUACAUCCUCCUUGACCCCAUCCUGAUGUUCUUCAUCAUGGCUGCCAUGCUGAGCAUGGUCAAGUACAACUCCUGCGCCGACAGGCCCUUCUCUGCUGCCUGGUGGUUCUGGCUCAGCCUGACUGGCAUCAGUCUUGCUGGUGCUUUAGGGGUCAAGUUCGUUGGCCUCUUUAUCAUCUUGCAAGUGGGGUUGAACACCAUUUCAGACCUUUGGCACCUGCUUGGAGACCUCAGUCUUUCAUUGGUGACAGUGGGAAAACACCUGACUGCUCGCAUCCUGUGCCUCAUAGUGCUGCCUCUGGCUCUCUACACGGCCACUUUUGCCGUUCACUUCAUGGUGCUGAAUAAAAGCGGUCCUGGCGAUGGUUUCUUCAGCUCUGCCUUCCAGUCUCGGCUUUCAGGGAACAACCUUCACAAUGCUUCCAUCCCUGAACACCUGGCCUAUGGCUCUGUGAUCACUGUGAAGAACCUCCGGAUGGCCAUCGGCUACCUGCACUCCCAUAGGCACCUCUACCCCGAGGGCAUCGGUGCACGCCAGCAGCAGGUCACCACCUAUUUGCACAAGGACUACAACAACCUGUGGAUUAUCAAGAAACAUAAUACCAACUCAGAUCACCUAGACCCUUCCUUCCCAGUCGAGUUUGUAAGACAUGGAGACAUCAUUCGACUAGAACACAAAGAGACUUCCCGAAACUUACACAGUCACUAUCAUGAGGCCCCUCUGACCCGGAAGCACUACCAAGUCACUGGCUAUGGCAUAAAUGGGACAGGGGACUCAAAUGAUUUCUGGCGGAUUGAGGUUGUAAACAGAAAAUUUGGAAACCGGAUCAAAGUGCUAAGAAGUCGAAUUCGCUUCAUACAUCUGGUCACAGGUUGUGUCCUGGGCUCCUCAGGAAAGGUUCUGCCCAAGUGGGGCUGGGAGCAGUUGGAAGUUACUUGCACUCCGUACUUAAAAGAAACCCUCAACUCCAUCUGGAAUGUGGAGGACCAUAUCAAUCCCAAAUUGCCAAACAUCAGCCUGGAUGUGCUGCAGCCCAGUUUUCCUGAGAUCUUGCUGGAGUCCCACAUGGUCAUGAUCCGGGGGAACAAUGGCCUCAAGCCCAAGGACAAUGAGUUCACAUCCAAACCCUGGCACUGGCCUAUCAACUAUCAGGGCCUGCGCUUCUCAGGGAUCAAUGACACGGACUUCCGAGUCUAUCUGCUUGGCAACCCGGUGGUUUGGUGGCUGAAUCUGUUGAGCAUUGCUCUCUACCUCCUCUUAGGGAGUGUCCUUGCUAUAGCUAUGCAGAGAGGGGCACAGCUGCCGGCGGAAGUUGAAGGACUGUCCCAGGUCCUGCUGCGAGGCGGUGGUCAGGUCCUACUUGGCUGGAUGCUCCAUUACUUCCCAUUCUUCCUGAUGGGCCGGAUCCUCUACUUCCACCACUACUUCCCAGCCAUGCUCUUCUCAAGCAUGUUGACAGGCAUUCUAUGGGAUACCCUCCUGCGGCUCUGUGCCUGGGGUGUGGCCUCCUCUCGCCUGGCCAGGGGCAUACACGCGGUGGGAGUCCUGACCCUGCUCCUGGGAACUGCCUACAGCUUCUACCUCUUCCACCCUCUGGCUUACGGGAUGGUAGGUCCCCUGGCCCAGGACCCCCAAAGUCCCAUGGCAGGACUAAGGUGGCUGGAAUCAUGGGACUUUUGAAGCCACUGCAAGGACUCCAGCCUAUGUCCAGGAACAGCCCAGGGACAGCCAGCUGUGGGGCCAGUUCCUGGACCCUUCCAGCUGUGGAGGAAGCUGCCUGGGAGCCUCAAGAAUUCUGCUGCCUGUCAGACCAGGCUCUGGGAGUGAACCCGGAGUUUAACCCAACACUAGAGAGCCACAGCUUUGUCUGCUGCACCUACAGAGAGCACAGUAUCUCUCAGGCCCGUUUGCCCGAGUGUACAACACGGAGGAUGAGUGUGCGCGAGUGCGUGUGUCUGUGUGUGCGUGUAAGGGUGCAUUGUCCGUGUCUCUGUGGGAUCCAGACUGUGUAACUGUGGAUAGCUGAGUGUCAUAAACACUAAGAAAUAGUC